AAAUUGUUUUUAUCGGAACGAAGUCACAACACGUUUUUUCGUCUAGUGGGCUCAAAUUUGUUGAAUUUCUCAAAAGUGUGUAGUUUUUGGGAAAAUUCAACAAAAUGCGUAUUGAAACGUGUUACUUUUGCUCCAGCAAAAUAUACCCGGGCCAUGGAGUACAAUUCGUAAGAAACGAUUGCAAGAUCUUUAAAUUCUGCCGUGGAAAGUGUCACAAGGCCUUCAAGCGCAAGAAGAAUCCACGUAAGGUACGCUGGACCAAGGCACAUCGGAAGGCCUCUGGCAAGGAGUUGUCCAUCGACCCCAGCUUUGAAUUUGAGAAGCGUCGCAAUGUGCCUGUCAAAUAUAACCGUGAAAUGUGGCAGAAGACUCUGGACGCCAUCAAAAAGGUUACCGAAAUCAAAGAGCGCCGCCAGGGACAAUUUGUUAUGGAACGUUUGCGCAAGGGUCGGGAGGUUGAAAUCCAAAUGGAUGUCAAGGAUGUACAGCGCAACAUUUCUCUCAUUCGUUCUCCAGCUGCAGGUCUAAAAGAAAGACGAGCCAAGGAGGAGGCAGAAGAGGCCGCUCUAAUGGAGCAAGAUUUGCCGGAAGAGGAGAUUACCUACGUCGACGCCCGCGAAUUGGAGAAGAAGUUAGAGGAAGGUGUCAUGGAUGAGGACAUGGAAAUGAUGAAAGUCUAAUUUGACCAUUGUCACACCUGCUGGCAUAUAUUUUUAAGUUAUGUUUAAGUAGUGCUUAAAUAUCUUUUUCAUUAUAGAAACAUUUUACAUGUUUAAAUAAGAAAUGAUUGUGAUUUGAGAGAAA